AUGGUGGUGAAGAUGGUUAGAACGCACUUAAUGGGGCCAUUGUCAUGGGGCCGAGUCAAAUGGCCGAGCAUAAUGGGAACAGGAGUCCUUUAUCUGCUGCUGCUAUCAACCUGUCUGGGCCAAGACACAGAAGACUGGCAAUAUGAGGAAUGUAAACUGUCCCGGUCGGGUCCUCCUGCGACCAUCGUUGCCAUAGAUGAAGAAAGCCCCAACGGAACGUUAUUGGUGGAGAACAUGCAGAUAAAUGGCGUGGCUGAGGGUCCGGGGCGCACCAUCUCUCUUUCGCUAAGGGAUAACCACGACUACUGGGUGAUCCUUGACCCUUCCAAAAAAGCCCUUUACCUCAACAGCACCGGACGUGUUCUGGAUAGAGAUCCCCCCUCGUACAUUCAGUCCAUUGUGGUUCAGGUUCAGUGCACCAACGAGCUGGUCGGCACGGUGAUUUUACAUGAAGUCCGCAUCGUUGUUCGAGACCGCAACGACAACACACCACAUUUUCAACAGCCAAGAUACUAUGUUGCUGUCAAUGAGCUGACGCCAGUGGGAACCACAAUCUUCUCUGGAUUCUUUGGGAACAAUGGGGCAAAAGACAUAGAUGACGGUCCCAACGGACAGAUAGAGUACACCAUCCAGUACAACCCGAAAGACCCGACAACCAACAGAACAUUUGACAUCCCUCUGACACUAUUUGGCUCAGUAGUUCUCAAAGAAAGACUCAACUAUGAGGAGAUAACACGGUACCUGGUCAUCAUACAGGCAAAUGACCGAGCCCCCUAUCCCAGUGAGCGCCGUACGGCCACCACCACUCUGACUGUGGAUGUACUGGAUGGUGAUGACUUGGGUCCCAUGUUUCUACCAUGUGCGCUUGUUGGAAACACCCGCGACUGUAGUCCCAUCACGUAUCGGGCUAAUGUCCUGGAGCUGACAGAACCAGUAAGUGUGAAUCCCGUCAAUGUGACUCCAGCCAUUCAUGCUGUGGACCAGGACAGAAACAUACAACCUCCCUCUGAAAGGCCAGGGAUUCUGUACUCCUUCCUCAUUGGCAAACCAGAGUCCUAUGCAGAAUAUUUCAGCUUGAACGGUACCACAGCGGAGCUCCUGCUACUAAAGCCCAUCAAUAGACAACUCUGCCGCAGAUUUGAUCUGGUUAUCAAGGCAGAGCAGGACAAUGGCCACCCAUUGCCAGCUUUUGCCAACCUCCAAAUCGAAGUUCUGGAUGAAAACAACCAAGCACCCUACUUCCUGGAGGCCAGUUACCAUGGCUACGUUAGUGAAGCAUCACCAGUGGGAACCACCAUAGCGACCACUGCCAGCCUGUCUGCACCGCUGGCCAUCAUUGCUCUGGAUAAUGAUGUGGAGGAGUCCAGGGACCCUCAACUCCAGUUCUCAUUGGACAGCUACGCUAAUGUUUUCUCUGUGUCUGCUACUGGAAUCAGACGAUAUCUCACCCUGGUGCAGUCGCUGGACAGAGAGACACAGGACUCCUACGCAUUCACGCUUUUAGCAUCAGACGGAGUUCAGCAGAGCAUUCCGGUUACCGUGGCAAUAACAGUGUUGGAUGCUAACGACAACACCCCUACUUUUGCUAAUGUCUCUUAUAAUGUCAACCUGUUUACUGAUAUGAUGCCUGAAGAAACUGUGUUACAGCUGGCAGCAGUCGACUCUGAUGCAGGUCCCAAUGGUCAGGUCACCUACCGGAUCUUAGCUGGUGACCAGGGACAUUUUCUUAUUGGCAAAAGCACUGGGGUUAUUACUGUGGCACCACAUGUUGAGCUCAUUGUUGGGCGGAGCUACGCUUUGACUGUAGAAGGCAUGGACAAUGGGCCUGUACCUCAGAGAAGGUCAUCCAUUACGACAGUCUAUAUCGAAGUUUUGCCCCCAAACAACCAGAGCCCCCCACGUUUCCUCCGACAACAAUACAACCUGGAGAUCAGCGAAGCUAUGAGGACUGGAGCUACACUGCUUAAUCUGCAGGCAGUGGAUCGUGAGAGGGACCCCAUCACAUACAAAAUCCGCAGCGGAGACGCCUAUGGACAUUUUGCUCUACAGCAGAGUUCAGGGUAUUUGGUGCUGGACAAGCCUCUGGACAGGGAGUCAGUGGAUUAUUAUACCCUGGUGGUCACAGCCUCAGACGGACAUCCUGAUGGGACCUCCACUGUGACGGUGAGCGUUGUGGUGACCGAUGUUAAUGACAAUGACCCGCAGUUCGAUCCUUCACUGCCAGUGAACCUCACUGUCCUCGAGGAGCAGGAUGACGCCUACGUCGGACAGGUCAAGGCUACUGACCCAGAUCUGGGGACAAGCGGUCGAGUCCAUUAUCGGCUCGUCAACCAUCAGAAGUUGUUUAGCAUCAAUGCCACCGGAGCGAUCAGAACUACAAUGCCGCUGGACAGAGAGGUGAAAGGUCACUACUUUCUGAUCGUUGAAGCCUGGGAUGGUGGAGUGGACCCGAGGCGAUCCAGAUUAACGCUGUCCGUCACUGUUCUAGAUGUAGAUGACAACAGCCCGAUAUUCACCCAACCAAGUUACAAUGUCACCCUACCAGAGAACAGCCCCAAAGAUACAAUCAUAUUACAGUUAAAGGCGAUAGACGCUGACCUCGACUCCAACCUCACAUAUCAAAUCAGAACGCAAGGCUCGGACCAGGGGAUCGGUCGGCUAUUCCACAUUGACCAAGUGACAGGAGAGCUGUCCGUUCUUAGAGUGCUGGACUACGAGGCUCUGGGUGAAUCAGAGCCCACGUACACAUUCACAGUGGAGGCCAUGGACAUGGAGGGAAGCAUGCCUCCUGGACUUGCCUCUGUUACUGUCAAAAUCAUGGACAUGAAUGACUUUUCUCCGGUAUUCAGCCAGUCAGUGUACCGAGGCCUUGUUGCCCCUAAUGCUUUCAAGGGAACCAUCGUAACCACCGUGUUGGCCAAUGACUCUGACCCUGCGGGGACCCCAGCAGGUCUAGUGCGCUAUAAAGUGAACCAGGAGGCUUUUCCAUACUCUGCCAGUAUAUUUGACGUAGAGGAAAAGACGGGAAAUGUUGUAACCAGAGUUAACCUCAACGAAGAGCCCAACGUCAAGUUCAGUCUGGUGGUGGUGGCCUAUGAUGAUGGUGAGCCAGUAAAGGAAAACACGACUCUAGUUGAGAUAACAGUCCUUCAGCCAUCCGUCAUUCCUGUGUUCACUCAGGAAGAGUACAGGUUUCCACGAGUGAGCGAGGAGGCGGCUGUUGGAACCCCGGUGGGAACCAUCAUGGCGGCUGCUGUCAAUCAAACUAUCAUCUACUCCAUCAUCGACGGCAACCAGGGAGGUGUGUUCGCAUUAAACGAAACAACGGGAGUGAUUUCCACAGCCAAGUCCCUGGACUUUGAGGCCAACUCCUCCUACGUUCUGAGGGUAGAAGCAGACUCCAUGAGAGUGGGGUCCUCAAACCUCCGAGUUCCCUCUAAGACCAACACAGCUAAGGUGGUAAUCGACAUCCAGGAUGAGAACGACCACCCGCCGGUUUUCACCAGAUCUCUUUACAUUGGAGGGGUCGCAGAAGACGCUAAAACAUUCACCUCCAUCUUGCAAAUACAGGCCCUGGACAAAGACACUGGUAACUACAGUUCUAUGAUGUACAGGCUGAUCAUUCCCCCUCCCGCUAGUAAAAACACUAAAAAUAGCAAAGACGGCUUUAUCAUCGAACCAUACAGCGGCGUGGUGAAGACAGCGAUCAUGUACCGCAACAUGAGGCGGUCCUAUUUUAAGUUUGAGGUGGUUGCUACGGACAACUAUGGUCAAGGACACAGCAGCAAGGCGGAGAUAGUGGUGUCAGUCGUGAACCAGCUGGACAUGCAGGUGGUCGUAUCAAAUGUCCCUCCGACUUAUGUGGAGAAAAACAAAGACAAGCUGCUCAGCAUUUUGGAACGCUACGUCCAGGAGCAGAUUCCAGGAGCAAAAGUUGUCGUGGAAACCAUCGGGCCCCAUCGCCUUGGUGAUGGAAUGCAACAGGAAGACUACACCAAGUCAGACCUCAUGAUUUAUGCUAUCGACCCGCUGACAAAUAGGGCUGUUUCUAGACAGGAGCUCUACAAGUUUCUUGACGGUAAACUCUUGGACAUCAAUAAAGAGUUCCAGCCCUUCCUCCCUCCUGGUGGACGGAUUCUGGAGAUCCGAACCCCUGAAGUGGUGACCAGUGUAAAGAAAGCUGUGCAGACUGUAGGCUACACGGAGGGGGCUCUGUUGGCUCUUGCAGUUAUUAUCAUUGUCUGCUGUGUCCCCGCCAUACUGAUUGUCAUUAUCACCUACAAACAAUUCAAGGAACGCCAGGCAGAAUGUGCCAAAACAGCUCGCAUCCAGAUGGCACUGCCAACGGGCAAACCUGCGGGAGGAACUGCCAACAACCUGUAUGAAGAGCUGGGUGACAACGCCAUACGUGGAUAUGGACAACAUGAGACACAACAACUCCUCCGACCUUCUCUGCUCAGACCAGAGGAGUUAUCAAUGGAAUCAGGCAUCGACCCCGGCCAGGACUACUACACACAAGAUUAUUACAACUAUGAUCACGGGUAUGACCUUCCUCAGUAUGGCAGUCGCAGGAAACUGAUCUCACCCUCCGGCCUUUACGAUGAAUAUGGAGAAGUGGUUGUCGAUGACGAUGGCAGCUACUACUACAGCCCACAGGAGUCUGAAGGAGAGCCAGGCAAUAGAAAACGUCGGAUCAAGUUGGUGAGUGACCGGGAAUACGAGACCAGCUCCACCGGUGAGGACAGCAUGCCAGAGACCCAACGCAGCCGCUUACCCUCCACCCUCAACAGCCACGCAAAUGUUAACGGCAGCAUCUACGUGGCCCAGAAUGGCUCCAUCAUCCGCACCCGACGUACAGUAAAUGCCACAGGUCCCCCACACACACACACCACCACGAACAACAACCUCAAACUCACCUCCCCCGUCUUCAGCUCAAGGCUGGCCAAGCACUUUAAAAAACUGGACAAAAUGGCUGCCACGCUGGAAGAAAGAGUACCCCUGAACAACCCCAGAACAGCAGCGGACGGCGGCUGUAACACGCUGCGCACCUUCCAAAGCUCGGGAACGGCUGCCGCUGCGACGGCCACUUCCUCUUUCUCCAACACUGACAGCCAUAAAACGCUGAAUGUGUUAAACACUGGACAAUCCAGAGUGUCUUUGGGGUCGAUCAGCAGAAGCGACACGGGCCCUGACAGUUUAGCGUCUAAAUCAAACCUGCUCAAAGCGGUGCAGGGCGGCACGGAGCCGCCUCAGAGCCCUGCGGAGAGAGACAAGCCGAACGAAGUCGAAAGAGAGUCGAAUGUAGACUGCAGUAAUGAUGAAGAAGACGAUGGACUUGUUAUGGGGGAGCCGCUAGAGUGCCCGAGUGACAGAACGCAGUCAGAUGAAGAAGAAUUAUGGAUGGGCCCAUGGAACAGCCUUCACAUACCCAUGACUAAACUCUGA